AUGCCAAAUGUUAGCGCUGCGCCUUUAAACGAAAGACUACUAUAGAAAGGGAUUCUUGCAGAAAUUCGCCGACAAACUUGCGAACGUGGCCGCCUAUCGAGCCGACAUCUACACGCUGAUGGGAGUGGGACGGAAGAAGACCGCACAGUUUCCGAGGAAGAUCAUGUUUGCAGGUGACUAGAAUUCGCGAAAAUUUUUAAAGUAAUUUUGAGUUUUGCGGGCUUUUCCGAUCUAGAAUUAAGCAAAAUUGAGUGAACGACCGCAAGGCCUGGACUUUUGACCCACUUACAAUAAUAGGAUCGGAUCCAAACUUCGCAAGCUUCUUGCACUUGGAUUCAAGUAUCUUGGGACCAAGUUUCAGGCCGAUCGGAUUAUUUGAUCCUGAGAUACUUGAAUCCAAAUCCAAGAAAUCCGCAAAGUUUGGGUUCGUUCGGAAAAUGAAAACGAAAAGAAAGCCCAGUUCUAACCGCAAUAUUUCAGACUUUGGAUCGAAAAAAGCCGAGAUUUGUGCUCAACUCGAAACGAUUCGCCCACUCACACUCACCAGCGCCACGUCAUCAUCGUCAUCAACGGAGACAGAGGAACGUGUGAAGUUCCGACGACCGCAUCUUUUGGCAGUUCUUCCGACCGUCAACAUACAGAGGACGAUAGUCGAUUCUAUGAUUGUCAGUAUCGAUUUUAGAGGAUUGUUUUCAAAUAUUUUGAUUGUUUUCAGCAACACGCGCUUCUCCAUCACUCCGGACUCGACAACGACACGAUUUUUCGAUACGGCGACACGAAUUUGCUGACGUUUUUGAGUUGCGGGUCAGUAUGUGCGAAACUAAAUUUUAAAUUUCGCUGGAAAAAUCGCUGGCACAGUGUCGGUGUAUUGUAUUUCGUAACAGAGCACACACGCUUCAAGUCGCCGUGCACAAGAAACAACAAUAUAGAAACAUUGACAUUGUUCCAGAACUCUCGCCCAGUAUUCGUGCAGCUCAAACCCCGCCCUCCACUUUCUGUCGCACCAACAUCGGCGUCACUCGGCGCUCUUCGACAAACUGUUCGAGCUGAAACUCCUCCACGUCCGUGAGCCCGACGGAAUACCCGUCGGCCACCCGAACACCUCGUUCCAUCCCCAGUUGCCCGUGCAGAAGAAGGUGACGCACGAGAAGAAACUGGCGGAGGCGAAUCUGAAGAACGGAGUGCAGUACGCCGUGCAGAUUGCGCCGCGCAACUCGUUAUCGAUCGAUGGGAAGGAGGUGACGAGCGAGAAUGGACUGGGACGGAAUCUGCUCGCGUUCGGAUGCUUCAUGACUCAGAUCGGACGGCAGCCGAAUGCAAAGUCCGUCACGAAUGUUAUCAGGUUUCGAUAGAAUGAUUUUCACUUCAAUCCCCCUCAUUUCAGCACUCUGUGGCCCGAAAGUGCGCUCUCGAUCCCCGAGGACAUUCUGACCAGCGAUAAGAUUGGCGAACUACCCACCGCCCAUCUCGAGGCCAUUUUCAGCUUUGUCAGCGACGAACUCUCAGCCACACCGAUCGCCAAAUCCUACUGUACAGACCUCAAAAUAAAGCGAGUCGUCUAG